GACUUUGAUAGGAUGCGAGUUUAGUAGUCACUGGACGUUAAUGUAGAGAAGCGCCAAGCAGGAAACUUUCGCGCAUUGGUGUUGGCUAUUUAUAUAGUUGUAGAGAGAGAAGACUAGAGUGAGAAAGAAAGAGACUUUUCUGGUGACGAUCCACGACUUUAUAGCUUUUAACACAGUUGAGGGAAAAUCAUCACUUUACUCUGCCGCAGGGUUGCAUCUCUACGCUAUUUUUCUGUUUCAGUUAGAAAACUGAAUUCAGAAAUGAAUAAUAGCGUAGUUCUUAUUUUAGAGCCUGAUUGAGAACUAAAAGUUCAUCGAUUGGGGAAGUUGCCUGCCCCAUUAAGUGGAAUUAAAAUAAUGGAACAGGUAAAAGGAAAUUUCCUCAAGGACCAGCAGAAAAAUCCUGAACAUAUUAGUUAUAAUUCUGUGGAGAAAAGGAAUGAGGGUGUGGGAAAUCUAAACCAGAGAUUUAAUCAGGAUCCUUCCAACUAUAUGAAUAUGAAUAUAAGACCGGCUGAUCUUAAUGCAAGUGCUGGUGCAAGACCUGUUCUGAACUACUCAAUUCAGACUGGUGAGGAGUUUGCUCUUGAAUUUAUGUGGGAAAGGGUGAAUCCCAGGCAGCAGUAUAUUCUGAAUCCGUCUGUUGAGGUUAAUACUGAAAGUAGACCUGUGGAUCUACAAAGCAUGCUAGGAGCAUCUCGUAUUAGCGGUUCUGAGAUGGGGUCUGAUGCUUCCUUGUUUCCCUCUAUCGAAAAGGGUGAAGUCCAAGAUCCUUCAGGCAAUCCUCCCAUAAGAGAAGAAAAACCUAUUGACCAGCUGCCUCAAUCAGUGAGUAGAAACUCACUGAAAUAUUCGAGGUCUCAAAGCUUCCGUACUCAUUCUUCUUUGGGAUCGUCUAGUGGCUCAUCUAGGAGACUGAAGCUGCUUUGCAGUUUUGGGGGUACAAUUAUGCCUCGUCCAAGUGAUAGAAAACUUAGAUAUGUUGGAGGUGAAACACGUAUUAUCCGGAUUAACAAGGAUAUUUCAUGGGAGGAGCUUAAGCAAAAGGCAUCUGUAAUGUAUAAUGAACCUCAUUCUAUUAAGUAUCAGCUUCCUGGUGAGGAUCUUGAUGCAUUGGUAUCAGUUUCCUCUGACGAGGACCUACAAAAUAUGAUGGAAGAAUGUAAGGCUUUUGGUGAUAAUGGAUCCCAGAAAUUAAGGAUUUUUCUCAUUUCAAACAAUGAUUUGGAUGAUUCUCAGCUUGCUCUUGAAAGCACAGAAGGGGAUGAAAUUCAAUACGUUGUUGCAGUUAAUGGUAUAGAUUUUGGUUCAAGAAGAAACUCAGUUGGUGUGGAAUUGGGAAACAAUUUGGAUGAGUUACUGAAUUCAAGUGUACGAGAGACUGGACAAACUGCGGUCAGCUUGGCUGCAGGAAGUGCUCUACAUCCACAGCGCGCCUCAUCUUUACCAGAUCCAUCUUCCCAGGUAGAGCUGCCAAGUUCAUCAUAUGCUUUUGAGGCUAACUCAGUAGGUUACCACGUGCAUUCUGUCAAGCCUGAACAGCAGCCUGGAUGGAAUUUGUCACGUGGUUUCCACCAAAUGAACGUCCUUCCUACUGCAGAAGAAAAAACAAGAGUUCCAUCAUCUGCCACAUUACAAUAUGAUUAUGGUUUUUCUGCAUCAAACCAUGCACCACUUGCGGAGAACAAGGUCCAAAUCCCGGCCACUGGGCACAUGGGUCCUCGAAAGGCACUUAAUAUGGGAGAGCUCUAUGGGAGUUAUAAUGCUAAGGCACCAGGAGUACCAGGGGCAGAGAAAAACAUCGACUACAAAACUGUUGUCCAGAAAAAAACUGAAUCUCAUAAAGAUCCAGAUGUUUCUAUGAUGGAUACACAGAUGAACAGAGACAGUUCAAUCAGCAAAAGUAGUGACUUCACUAAAGUUCAGUCUCUUGAUGAUGGGAAGAUGGCAUCCUCAGAUCCAUACAGUAUUCCAUCUUUAAGUAACAAAAAGAUAGAUGAAAUAUCUGCUCCUAGUGCAGCCACAGACAAGGGAACUUCAAUGAUGCAAACAAAAGUCAGUGAAGAGAACCAUGAACACGCAAAGAACUACAUGCCUUCAAAUACUGUCCAGUACUCAAAGAUGAAUAGGCUUGACAAUGAUGAUAAUGCUUACACAUCUGGUGCAGCAUUCAUGCCUGUUCAUGGUGAACAUGAGGCGUAUACCAAAGACAUCAGCCACGAACCAGAUGUUCUUCCUCAACGCAUCUUCCAUUCAGAAAGAAUACACAGGGAACUGUCAGGACCUAACCGUUUGUUCAAAUCUGAUGAUUCUUUGGGUCCACAACUCCUAGUGACUCGAUCAGAUGUGUCGCAUCAGGUCAUUGAAUCAGUUGAUAAGUUGACUGAUUGGAAUGCGACAGCCAAUUUGGAAACAGUUGGUGCUUUUGCCAAAUCAAAAUUUGUGGAUUCCCUAACUGCUGAAGAGAAACUAAAUGGAUCUACAAAUUUGGCAGAUAAUGGCUGUGGCAUCAGUGCAACAGCUUCUUCUGUUCAUGGUAAAAAUGAAUCACAAAACAAGGCUGAGCCGAGUGCUGCAGUAUCUCUUAUUGCUGUUACUUCUACACCAAGUCCUAUAACAAACCAAGGAACUUCUGAAUAUCCCCAACCCCAAGAUGAAUCUGCUCAGACAUCAAUUGAAAUUCAUCAGAAUAGGAUGGAUAAAAAUGCCAAUGAUGGAAAUUUGCAGGAUACGGGUAGGGGAGAUGUUUCUUCUGCAGCUACUUCCCAAAGUAAUCCUCAUUUCGGUGCUGGAACUUCAGUGCAUGAAAGCAUCCUCAUCGACAUUAAUGAUCGGUUUCCACAUGAUUUUUUAUCUGAUAUAUUUUCUCAGGCUAGAAUAGCGGAGGGUUCUGCUGGUGUUGCGGCACUUCAUGACUAUGCUGCUGGUUUGAGUGUGAACAUGACUAAUCAUGAACCUCAACGUUGGUCAUUCUUCCAGAAUUUGGCACGAGACAAUUCCAGAAAAGAUACUUCUCUUAUGGAUCAGGAUCAUCCAACUUUCUCAUCUUCUCAAGCAAACAUUGGAGAAGAAGCAUCUGGAAAUUAUGGCUAUCCACACCUUGAUGUUGGUCAAGUUACAGGAGAGAAUGUAGAUUCCAGUAGAAACCUCGAUGCUGAUAAUCAGAGGCAAUCAUCUGUCCCUGCAAAACCUGAUGCAAUAAAUUUGCCUUUGCCUUCAGAUUAUGAUAUAUCUCAGGCUACUGGUAUUCAAAUUAAUCAGCCAAUGAAUUCAAGGACAGAUGAGUCUAAUCAUGAGGAUGGGAAGAAAGCAACUCAACCUUCAGGAAUCCCAGUUGUUGACCUAUCCCUUGGAGGCUUUGAUUCCAGUAGCCUGCAGAUUAUUAAUAAUAGAGAUCUUGAAGAGUUGAGGGAAUUGGGUUCUGGAACCUAUGGGACUGUGUAUCAUGGUAAAUGGAGGGGAACAGAUGUUGCUAUUAAGAGGAUCAAGAAAUCCUGCUUCAUGGGCCGAUCAUCUGAGCAGGAAAGAUUGUCAUCUGAGUUCUGGCAUGAAGCUAAAAUUCUGUCGAACCUUCACCAUCCAAACGUGGUGGCCUUCUACGGUGUUGUGCAAGAUGGCCCUGGAGGGACACUUGCAACUGUCACAGAGUACAUGGUCAAUGGGUCCCUGCGACAUGCUUUGAUUUCCAAGGAGAGGCAUCUUGAUCGUCGCAAGCGGCUCAUCAUUGCAAUGGAUGCAGCUUUCGGAAUGGAAUACUUGCACUCGAGAAACAUUGUGCACUUUGAUCUAAAAUGUGACAACCUGCUCGUCAACUUGAAGGAUUCGUCCCGACCCAUAUGCAAGGUAGGUGAUUUUGGUUUGUCUAAAAUCAAAAGAAAUACAUUGGUCACCGGUGGUGUCCGGGGCACCCUUCCAUGGAUGGCUCCAGAGCUAUUAAACGGUAGCAGCAGCAAGGUCUCAGAAAAGGUCGACGUCUUCUCUUUUGGGAUUGUGCUUUGGGAGAUUCUCACGGGCGAGGAGCCGUAUGCCAAUAUGCAUUAUGGAGCUAUCAUCGGUGGUAUAGUGAACAACACACUGCGGCCACCGGUGCCGAACUUCUGUGACGCGGAGUGGAGGCUGCUGAUGGAGCAGUGUUGGGCUCCCGAUCCAUUGGUCCGGCCGACGUUCACCGAGAUCGCAAGACGUCUGCGUAUUAUGUUGGCAGCAUGCAAAACUCAAGCUUUUGCAGCGCAGAAUCAGUUGUCUAAGUGAUUUGUUAUUGAAAUGGGGAUACAAUACACGUUACACCUCCAAUCAAAACAGAAAUCGAGUUAUUUUCUCCCCCCGCCCCCUAUUUUUCCUUGCAGAUAAUGUACAGGAAGAGUGUUUUCUGUGUGUACAAGUACAAUAGUAAUAAUAAAGAUAACUUGUGUUCAUAA